AUGCGAAUCAUUAAUGAACUGGAUCUGUACGGUUAUCUUGAGCCAAGACAACGAACCGCCAAAUCUGAACCCAAAACACUUGCAGCAAAGCCCCACCAGGCCAACAGUGGCCAGAACUAUCAGCUCUUUGGCCGGCAGCGCGAUGAGCCCAACGCACAGGGUCGCCUGAGUGCCACUCAGCUGACGGACAUCAUCAACAGCCUGAAGGGCACGACCACCACCACUACGGUGGCGCCAACCACCACCGGUACCGGCACGACAACCACCAGUGUCACACCCACAUCACCCACAACAAGCACUGGCACGAGCACCACCAGCCCCACCACCGCCAGCCCAACUGCCACUGGAACUGGCACUGGCACCGGCACCGGCACCGGCACCGGGUCCCGUCAGUUGGACAGCAAUGAUGACGAAGAGGAGGAGGAGUUCAAUGAGCACCAGUUGGCCGGUUUCGAGCAUGACGAUGAUGAGGAUGCGGAGGGGGACGAUUCCCAUGCCGUGGCUGCCUCCGCCGCCCGGGCCACCCGCAACAACUCAAGCCGCCGUCGCCAGAACCGUCUCCGUCGCCAGCGCCGCCAGCAACGUCGCAAGCUAAACCAGCGCCGCCGUCGCCAGCAGCAGAAGCAGCAGCGCCGUCGCCAGAAGCGCCGUCAGCAGCAGCAGCGCCGUCGCAAGCAGCAGUUGAAUCGCCAGCGCCAGCGUCGCACCCGUCGCCGGAACCAACGCCUGAUCAAGCGCUUCCGCCAGGCCACGCCCAACAGGAACCGCCGUAUCCGCGUGCGUAACUAAUCCCAAAAGCCCAGACUCCCUGAACAGUCCAUGUGACCA